GUGCCCAAUCACGUGAUGAUGAAGCUGACUUUGGAUGUUGCGCGUGUAACGGUAGCCAUGUCUACGCCAGCUCAUGCUCAAGCUGGCCCUCCUGCCGAGCAGGAUGAAAGUCCAGUCCGGAAAUUGUUUUCAGUGGUUCAGCAAGUAUUUUUAAUAUGGGCAUUCUCUCAGCUUGCUAUGAAACUCAUAUCACCGGCAAAGCCUUCAACUGCCCCUUCUGUAGCAAUACCUAGUAAUGAAGCCGCUCAGCCAGGUGAGGUCAACCCAUUCCUUUUACCCCCCGUACAAGCAUAUCCUGCGUGGAAAAUCGGACAACCUUUAUCCAUGCACGUAUAUUUCUCGACCUCGCCGAAUGGCGAUGUGUUUUCUCGUCAAUGGACGUCAGCAUGGCGGGAAGACCAGGACGCCGGUCUUCCCAAUUUCGUCUGGGAGAACAUCGUUUUCGGAGACUGGAAGGAGACAAGGGUUGCCACGUAUGAUAUCAACCUUCCCCUGACUGUGCAAAAGAACGGAUCUUUAUGGGCGGAUAUUUUCCUUGUCAAGGAUGGCGCAAGUCCGGACCCUUCAAAUCCCUCUUUUGAUCCUCAUUCAGUACAUCAUGUUCGGAAACUUUUGACGCGUUUCAUGCCCAGAGUGAAAGCACGCAAAGAGAAAAAUUUGCUUUCCAAUCCGGAUGACAAUGAAGAGGUGGAAAAGGAGCCGCAAGACGAUGUCAUAGUGUCGCAUUGGCACAAGAACCUCACAUUGGCUCUCGUUUCCGACGAGACGGCCAUAGAAGUCAACAAACUGCCCCCGGUCCUCGUUGAGCAUGUGCACCUGGUUCCAGGCGCGCGGGAUGACACUGGCACUAAAGGAUUCUACAAGCCUAUAAUCUUCCCCAAUGAUUUCUGGUUACUUCGCUCGCAUCUAAUCGAAAUUAAUACAACCACCCCGACGCUGCCGCUUGAAGUAAUUUUCCAACCCAUGUCAUACUUCAAAUUCCAGAUAUUUGCAUCAAUGAGUCAUGGCUUCGACGAAGCCCUCAAACAACAAGGUGGUGGCGCAGGAGCGGAACUUGACGAGGUCAAACGAAUGCUUACCGAGACUAAUCCAUGGUUCCUGGGUCUGACUGGACUGGUUAGCAUGUUGCAUGUUGUAUUCGAGAUGCUUGCCUUCAAAUCAGAUGUUUCGCACUGGCGGCAGCGAAAGGAGCUGGUAGGCGUCUCUAUAAUAACGAAUGUGUUCGUCCAGACCGUGGUGCUUUUGUACCUUAUUGACAACAACGAAAACACGAGCUGGAUGAUCCUUAUGGGGUCUGGAAUGGGUGUCGUUAUCGAGGCCUGGAAGAUCACAAAGGCUGUGGAUAUCAGCAUCAUCGCUGCUCCGUCUGGCUCUCAAUUGCCCUAUAUGCUUAGUAUCAAAGAUAAGCAUGUCCUCAGUGACGAUGAGAAGAAGACACAAGAGUAUGACAAGCUUGCAUUCCGCAUUGUGUCAUACUUUACUAUUCCAUUACUCGCCGCUUAUACGAUCUACUCGCUGAUUUACGAGACCCAUAAAGGAUGGUACAGCUUCGUGAUCUCGACGCUGACUUCAUUUGUGUAUAUGUUUGGCUUUAGUGUGGCGCAUAUGCCCAUGAAGGCAAUGAUAUAUAAGACGUUGUCGACAGUUGUCGACGACCUUUUUGCGUUCUGCAUUAAGAUGCCUAUGCUACACCGGCUGGCGUGCUUCCGGGAUGAUGUUGUGUUUUUAAUUUUCUUGUAUCAGCGCUGGAUCUACCGCAUCGAUCCUAAACGAGUGAACGAGUAUGGUCAGGUAAUGGCAGAGGAUGUCGUCAAAGUUGAUAGCAGCAGUGAGACAAAGAAGGACAAGUAGACCUCCAAGGACCUCGCCUGAUCAACCCAGCGUCUCGGAAUGCUUAGUCUAAUGGAAUGUUCUUGUUCUUCUGCGUGCUAACUCCUGUGGGGCCCGCGUAAAUGCGAUUGACUCACUCUAGACCGUCCAUUGACAGUGCUUUGACGUUGCUUGCUAAUUCAGGUUGACUAUAUUAUCUGGAGUGCCUGUUGAUUGAGAGAUAUCCUGUAAUAUCCCCAAUUGAUCUGAUGCGCGGGGGAACUCUGAACCUUUGGUUUUCGCCG